CCGGCCGGCUCACCCUUUAUGUAAAUAGCGGCGGCUCCGCCCCCUGCUCGCCGCGGCGGAGGUGAGCAGGAAGGAGACGGCCGCCCAGCAGCCCGUGGGCCCGCGGCGGAGCAAGCGGAGCCGGCGGCCGGCGCCGAGGGACGCGGAGGCCUCGGACGGGAGCUGGAGUGGAGUUCCAGGCUGGACACCGAGCUUUGGCUGUGGGGAGAACUGACUGUAGCCAGGAGAGCUGUGGUGUGGCCCCCAGAGGCUCUCACCUGAGACAGGGGGCCCGUGCGCAGCAAGAUGAGGAGGUUCCUGAGGCCGGGACAUGACCCUGCGAGGGAGAGGCUCAAGCGGGACCUCUUCCAGUUUAACAAGACGGUGGAGCACGGCUUCCCGCACCAGCCCAGCGCCCUCGGCUACAGCCCCUCUCUGCGCAUCCUGGCCAUCGGCACCCGCUCCGGAGCCGUCAAGCUCUAUGGUGCCCCGGGGGUGGAGUUCAUGGGGCUGCACCGUGAGAACAACGCGGUAGUGCAGAUCCACUUCCUGCCUGGCCAGUGCCAGCUGGUCACCCUGCUGGACGACAACAGCCUGCACCUGUGGAGCCUGAAGGUCAAAGGCGGGGUGUCAGAGCUGCAGGAAGAUGAGAGUUUCACGCUGCGUGGCCCCCCAGGGGCCGCCCCCAGUGCCACGCAGAUCACCGUGGUCCUGCCGCAUUCCUCCUGCCAGCUGCUCUACCUGGGCACCGAGAGCGGCAGUGUGUUCGUGGUGCAGCUGCCGGCUUUCCGCGCGCUGGAGGACCAGACGAUCAGCUCAGAUGCCGUGCUGCAGCGGUUGCCAGAGGAGGUCUGCCACAGGCGGGCAUUUGAGAUGGUGGAGGCUCUGCAGGAACAUCCCCGGGACCCCAACCAGAUCCUCGUCGGCUACAGCCGGGGCCUUGUCGUCAUCUGGGACCUACAGGGCAGCUGUGUGCUCUGUCAUUUCCUCAGCAGCCAGCAACUGGAGAACGUCUGCUGGCAGCGGGACGGGCAUCUGAUUGUCAGCUGCCAUUCUGACGGCAGCUACUGCCAGUGGCCCGUGUCCAGUGACACCCUGCAACCGGAGCCCCUGCGCAGCUGUGUGCCUUACGGCCCUUUUCCUUGCAAAGCUAUUACCAAAAUCUUCUGGCUGACCACCAAGCAGGGGUUGCCCUUCACCAUCUUCCAGGGCGGCAUGCCGCGGGCCAGCUAUGGGGACCGCCACUGCAUCUCAGUGGUCCACAACGGCCAGCAGACAGCCUUUGACUUCACCUCCCGUGUCAUCGACUUCACUGUCCUCAUCGAGGCGAACCCUGAGGCUGCCUUUGAUGACCCCUAUGCCCUGGUAGUGCUGGCUGAGGAGGAGCUGGUCGUGAUUGACCUGCACACGGCUGGUUGGCCGCCGGUCCAGCCUCCCUACCUGGCCUCCCUGCACUGCUCCGCCAUCACCUGCUCCCACCAUGUCUCCAACAUCCCCCUGAAGCUGUGGGAGCGCAUCAUCGCUGCCGGCAGCCGGCAGAACACACACUUCUCCACCAUGGUAGGUCUGGCCCCGGCCCCAGCCCCGCCCCAGCCCAGAGCCAGGCUCGCCCAUGAACUUCUCCGUCAUCUCCUCCAGGAGUGGCCCAUUGACGGUGGCACCAGCCUGGCCCCAGCCCCGCCCCAGAGGGACCUGCUGCUCACGGGGCACGAGGACGGCACAGUGCGGUUCUGGGAUGCCUCGGGCGUCUGCUUGCGGCUGCUCUACAAACUCAGCACGGUACGGGUGUUCCUCACCGACACAGACCCCAACGAGAGCCUCAAUGCCCAGGGUGAGGACGAGUGGCCCCCCCUCCGCAAGGUGGGCUCCUUCGAUCCCUACAGUGACGAUCCUCGGCUGGGCAUCCAGAAGAUUUUCCUCUGCAAAUACAGUGGCUACCUGGCUGUGGCCGGCACAGCAGGGCAGGUGCUGGUGCUGGAGCUGAAUGACGAGGAGGCGGAGCACGCCGUGGAGCAGGUGGAGGCCGACCUGCUGCAGGACCAGGAGGGCUACCGCUGGAAGGGGCACGAGCGCCUGUGUGCCCGCCCAGGGCCCGUGCACUUCGAGCCCGGCUUCCAGCCCUUUGUGUUGGUGCAGUGCCAGCCCCCGGCUGUGGUCACCUCCUUGACCCUGCACUCCGAGUGGCGGCUCGUGGCCUUCGGCACCAGCCACGGCUUUGGCCUCUUUGACCACCAGCAGCGGCGGCAGGUCUUUGUCAAGUGCACGCUGCACCCCAAUGACCAGCUAGCCUUGGAGGGCCCGCUGUCCCGUGUGAAGUCCCUAAAGAAGUCCCUGCGCCAGUCUUUCCGCCGGAUACGUCGCAGCCGGGUGUCCAGCAGGAAGCGGCGGCCUGCUGGCCCUCCGGGAGAGGUGCAGGAGGGGAGCAGCAGGGCAGAGAGGACUGGCCUGCAGAACAUGGAGCUGGCGCCCGUGCAGCGCAAGAUCGAGGCCCGCUCGGCAGAGGACUCCUUCACGGGCUUUGUCCGGACCCUCUACUUCGCUGACACCUACCUGAGGGACAGCUCCCGCCACUGCCCCUCGCUGUGGGCUGGCACCAAUGGAGGUACCGUCUACGCCUUUGCCCUGCGCGUGCCCCCCGCCGAGCGGAGAAUGGAUGAGCCGGUGCGGGCGGAGCAGGCCAAGGAGAUCCAGCUGAUGCACCGAGCGCCCGUGGUGGGCAUCCUGGUGCUGGACGGACACAGCGUGCCCCUUCCCGAGCCCCUGGAAGUGGCCCACGACCUGUCAAAGAGCCCCGACAUGCAGGGAAGCCACCAGCUGCUUGUCGUGUCGGAGGAGCAGUUCAAGGUGUUCACGCUGCCCAAGGUCAGCGCCAGGCUGAAGCUGAAGCUGACCGCCCUGGAGGGCUCGCGGGUGCGGCGGGUCAGCGCGGCCCGCUUCGGCAGCUGUCGAGCCGAGGACUACGGGGAGCACCACCUGGCCGUCCUCACCAACCUGGGCGACAUCCAGGUGGUCUCGCUGCCCCUGCUCAAGCCCCAGGUGCGGUACAGCUGCAUCCGCCGGGAGGACGUCAGCGGCAUCGCCUCCUGCGUCUUCACCACAUACGGCCAAGGUUUCUACCUGAUCUCACCCUCCGAGUUUGAGCGCUUCUCUCUCUCCACCAAGUGGCUGGUUGAGCCCCGGUGCCUGGUGGAUUCAGCAGAAACGAAGAACCACAGCCGUCUCCGCGACAAAUCGGGCCCUGAGAAGGCCUUGGGCCGAGCCAGGAACUCAGGGAGCCAGAGUGAUGGAGAGGAGAGGUCGUCGAGCCCCAUGAUGGAGCACGCCCUGCUCAAUGACGAGAGCGUCCUGAAGGAGAUCCAGAGCACGCUGGAGGGGGGCCGAGGGAGCUGUGGUGAUUGGCGUUCCCAGCGAGUGGCCGUGGGGUACGGCCUCAGCAACGGGGGAGGAUGCUCCUGAGUUGCCGUGGCUCUCUCUCCUUCUGCACGAUGAACACACACUACUGACGGCUCUUCCUGGGGGCGCCGCCCCACCUGGAGAGGGCCGUGCAGGGGCCGGGGGCACCCCCAGUGCCCGCCCUGCUGCUGCUCCUGGCCUUGGGAGAGGAGGGACCCCAGGCCCCUGGGGCUCUCCCUCCUCGGGCCUUGACUCUCUCGGUCCUUUUGUCAAUGUUGCACAGUUUUUAUCCCCGUCUCCCCCCCUUUUUGUAGUGGGCUGGGUUUUAAAUUAUAAAUGUUUAACUGCCUCCGGGUGAAAAAGUUUUUAAUAAACACCUUAUUACCUCUUCA